CUUGGGAUUUGUUUUCCUAUACAUGGUUGUAAUUUAAUCGAUCGUAUAUAGAUAUAAUUACAAACAAUGCCGACGUCCAGUGCUGCUAAGUAUGCAUUCUUGAUGAUGAUGAUGGAAGACAUUAUGGUCGUUUACCGAGCAGAGACCACUCUACUUAUACAUAGGUAUACGACCGCGCGCAGCGGAUCGACCAAAAGGAGAAUUUUAGACCACGCCAGACGUUUCAGUUUGCUAAAAAAAAUUCCAGAUCAGAUGAAACACCUAGAUCGUCUAGUUAAACUUUCCAAUGUAGAUUGUAUUGCUAAUCUUCGUAUGGACGUGAAUACCUUCGGUAGACUUUGUCAAAUUCUGUCACAAAGGGGUGGGCUGAUAACUGGGAAGUCCCUACCCGUUGAGGAACAAGUAGCAAUAUUCCUCGAGGUUCUGGCACACCACAACAAAAAUCGGGUAGUCAAAUUCAGGUUUAGGCGAUCAGGUGCAACUGUGUCAUAUUACAUGCAAAAGGUACUUUGUGCCAUUUUGAGCUUACAUGAUGAGCUGCUAAAGAAACCCACACCAGUAACAGCCGACUGCACAGAUAACAGAUGGAGGUGGUUCGAGGGUUGCCUUGGUGCAUUGGACGGGACACAUAUCGAUGUGUUGGUCAGUAAUGAGGACAAACCAAGAUAUCGGACGCGAAAAGGGCAUAUUGCUACAAAUACCCUAGCUGUUUGUGACCGCCAAAUGCAAUUCGUGUAUUUGUUACCUGGAUGGGAAGGUUCAGCAGGCGACUCACGUGUUCUCAAAGACGCUGUUUCAGCAGAGAAAGGCUUCAAGGUCCCUCAAGGUUGUUAUUACUUGUGUGAUAAUGGGUAUGCUAAUAGCAAUGGUUUUCUGACGCCGUAUAGGGGUGUCCGGUAUCAUCUCAAGGAAUGGGGACCGGGCACAGAUACUCCUCAAAACCCCAAGGAAUUAUUUAACAUGCGACACACUAAGGCUCGUAACAUAAUUGAGCGUGCUUUUGCUGUCUUGAAAAUGCGGUGGGGUAUUCUUCGAAGUGCAUCAUACUACCCGAUCCGCACUCAAAUUCGGCUGAUAAUGGCAUGCUUUUUACUGCACAACUUCAUUCGUGGGGAAAUGAGAACUGACCCAAUUGAGGUCGAACUAGACGGUCAGCCCACGACGCCAACCACUGAAGAAGAACAUGUUGCACGGGAAUAUAUUGACUAUGUUGAGCCAUCGCCGGAAUGGACUCAGAUGCGGGAUGCCAUAGCAAUGAAUAUGUGGAAUAACCGAUAG